GUUUGGGAAACAAAAGGAGAAAUUUCCAGGGACAGAGCCAUUCGGGGAGGGAGGGAUAGAAAAAGCUACGUGUGCCUGGCUGGGGUACAGAGCAGAGACUCAAAAGAGACACAGAAGUGUCUGAAAACAGCUAUCUGAGACAAGGCAAAUUGUUAGAGGAAGGGACGGAAGAGCUAGCAGAGCUACCUCGGCAGUGAGCAGCUCCCGAAGGGAACGCAAGAAGGGAACGCAAGAAUCGCAGGCUGUCAAGUAAACGAGGAAGGGUCCGUGCGGAGGCAGUGAGGGAAGGCCAGGGCCAGGGUCAAGGCCAGGCUAGGCACGAUUGCUGAGGGGAUGAACUUCACGGUGGGUUUCAAGCCGCUGCUAGGGGAUGCACACAGCAUGGACAGCCUGGAGAAGCAGCUCAUCUGCCCCAUCUGCCUGGAGAUGUUCUCCAAACCGGUGGUGAUCCUGCCCUGUCAGCACAACCUGUGCCGCAAGUGUGCCAAUGACGUCUUCCAGUUCAUCUUCACUGAACUCCAUGGUCUCUCCUGCCAUCUUCCCAUUAAGGCCUCAAACCCUCUGUGGCAAUCCCGGGGCUCCACCACUGUGUCUUCAGGAGGCCGUUUCCGCUGCCCGUCUUGCAGGCAUGAGGUUGUCCUGGACCGACAUGGUGUCUACGGCCUGCAGCGGAACCUGCUAGUGGAGAACAUUAUUGACAUUUACAAGCAGGAGUCCUCCCGGCCGCUGCAUUCCAAGGCUGAGCAGCACCUCAUGUGCGAGGAGCAUGAAGAUGAGAAGAUCAAUAUCUACUGCCUGAGCUGUGAAGUGCCCACUUGCUCUCUCUGCAAGGUCUUCGGUGCCCACAAGGACUGUGAGGUGGCCCCACUGCCCACCAUUUACAAACGCCAGAAGAGUGAGCUCAGUGAUGGCAUCUCGAUGCUGGUGGCAGGCAAUGACCGUGUGCAAGCAGUGAUCACACAGAUGGAAGAGGUGUGCCAGACCAUUGAGGACAACAGCCGGAGGCAGAAGCAGUUGCUCAACCAGAGGUUUGAGGCCCUGUGCGCAGUUCUGGAGGAGCGUAAGGGUGAUCUGCUGCAGGCGCUGGCCCGGAAGCAGGAGGAGAAACUGCAGCGCGUCAGGGGCCUCAUCCGCCAGUACGGAGACCACCUGGAGGCCUCCUCUAAGCUGGUGGAGUCCGCCAUCCAGUCCAUGGAGGAACCGCAGAUGGCGCUCUAUCUGCAGCAGGCCAAGGAGCUGAUCAAUAAGGUCGGGACAAUGUCAAAGGUGGAGCUGGCUGGACGGCCGGAGCCGGGCUAUGAAAGCAUGGAGGAAUUCACCGUGAGCGUGGAGCAUGUGGCCGAAAUGCUGAGGACCAUCGACUUCCAGCCAGGCGCUUCUGGGGAGGAAGAGGAUGAGGAGGUAGCGUUGGACGGGGAAGAGGGCAGCGCAGGGCCAGAGGAAGAGCGACUGGAGGGGCCGAAAGGCCUGCACUGACUCGCCCCUGUUGGGGAGGCUGCGCACCCGCGGCAUGGCGCUCGGGUGGUGAAGGACCUGAGCAGGGACCACCCGCCACCCAGCUCGGAGCGCCGCCGCGGGGGAGGGGCUCAAUAAAGGGCUAAUGCGUCCCGA